GCUGUGUCGUCUAAUUACAAAAUGGCGGCACUCGUCCGCACUUUGGUCAUUGCAGCGAUCGUGGUCGUGGGGGCCACGUUGGCGGCGAACGAAUCCCGCCUGCACAUCGUGUACAGCACCAGCUGCAAUCAAGGAAAGCGCCAGCUCUUGUCGUACGCCCUUCAGACCUCGGCGAUGGCGGUCGGCCAGCAAGGCAAGAUGACAGAGAUGUUGUCUGGGUGCACUCCCGUGGAAGAGGCGACCAUUGCAGCGGAACCAUCGUUCUACCACACGUUCAGCCGCCAUUUCACUCCAUCGUACUCGCCCCACCCAGUUUCAGGUGUCAACGACGACUACACGCCAUACAACAAACCGUUUGGGCUGCGUCACUUUCUUCAGACUCCCGGUGCAGUUGCUGACGAUGCGAUCGUGGUAUUGUUGGACGCCGACUUCAUUUUGUUCAAGCCCAUUGAAGUCAACACUGGUCGCAGUAUGCGCAAGUAUUACAAGGGACGCCGCACGGACAUGAUCCUAGACACCGUCGAGAACGGCGUCGCGAUCGCGCAGGACUGGACAGCGUACAUUGGAAGCGGGUGGCUCAACCCCUCGAGCAAUGUCAAGCCUUUUCUGUGCAAAGUAGGUCAGCCGUGCAUGAACGUGUCGGAAGCCGACGCAAUCGAGUACUUUACUUCAACGGGGCCGCCAUACAUCCUCACAAAACACGACGCGCUGCUCAUGGUGGACGACUACUGUGCGUUUGUCGUUGAAGGACGGAAGCACGUCGACAAGGACGAAUGGAUGCCAGAAAUGUACGCUCUGGGUGUGGCGAUGGCCAACCACAACAUCAAGCAGACCAAGGUGACAAAUCUCGGUGUGACGUUUCCCGAUCACGACGUGUCCGAGUACUGGAAUUUUGCGAACGAGUCGCUGCCAAACCCAUGCCAAGAUGCGUUCGACAUCGUUACGCCAGUCGAUCCGCCGCUGGGAGUCCACUAUUGCUACCCCUACGGCCUCCUGUCCCCACCCGAACCGAGCUGGCAUUUCACCAAGUACCACCUCCCCGCCGACAUUCUGGACUGUCAGUCGAUGCUGCUGACGCCCCACCCGCCGUCACAGUGGAAUGAGAUUGCCAAGUUGAAGCCAAAGUUGCAACAGAAGAAGCGUCAUGAAGUCUGGGUCGAGUGCACCCUCGUAAAGGUGCUCAACAACGUGCUUCUCCAGGCCAAGCAAGUGCUGUGUCCCAACGGCUUCAACUCGCAUCGAGGAAUGAGUUUAGAUCGAGAUGUGUUUAUUCAGACGGGGCUACCGGCCCCAAAAUAACUGUGCUAAAUGUCGCCAGAGUCGUCCUCGA